CAGUAACCCUCAAAUCUCCAAUUCCGCAACCCGCAAAAUCCGCAUCUACCUUUCGACCUUAGUCACUGGUCACCCUCACUGAUCCUUACUGGUCCUUGCUGGUCCUGGUCACUAGUCACAAUCUUGGAAGUAUUCCGCUCGGCAUCCGAAAAUCUAAUGCUUGCCAACUUAUUACUUGCGGAUGUGGAUUAGACACGACUCCGACGUCUUUAUCGAUGGCUUCGUUUAUCUGCCCUUAUAGGAACAAUAAUAGACUUACCCUCCGACAGCGAUUAUGAUCUUGCGUGACAAUGCCUCCAAGGAGAUCUCAUAAGAAAUCUCGAGCUGGAUGUCGCAGAUGUAAGGCCAGGAAGAUAAAGUGCGAUGAAGUUCAUCCCAGGUGUGGUAAUUGUACAAAGCACGGCGUCGCUUGCGAUUUCGAACAUCCUGGCCUCGCCGACUCCCUCACUCCCGCCGAAACUCCCCGUCCAUCGACAUCCAGCAAUUGCGACAGUCCGUCGACGAGUACCCUCCCACCAACACCAUGUAUGGACUCGGACACUUCUCUUCCCUUAUACCGAAAUCCAGAAACGCUUCCCCUGACGGCGAAUACGAAAAGUAGUCGUAUGAUGGAACUGAAGCUUAUCCACCACUACACCACCAUCACCUGCGAAACCCUCGCCAUAUCGUCGCCGGUAAGCGAGAGGAUAUGGAGGAACACUGUCCCGAACCUCGCAUUCUCCGGCGCCAAUUUCCUAGCCGACGCUCUCCUCGCCGUUUCCGCUCUCCAUCUACGAUAUCAUUCGCCGCAGGACCAAGAAUUGGUGCGCGCCAGCCACUCAUAUAUGGCAUCUACCCUAUCCGAAUACGGCGCAAGUUUAAGCAAGGGUAUUAACGAGUCAAAUGCCGAAGCGCUGUUCCUCACAGCCGCUCUUAUCGCGUUCCAAUCCACAGCAUCCCGCAUCUUCUCUAGAGACGAUAGCGGGGACCUUAAGGAUAGGUCUGAUGGAUAUGUCUUGCCGCUAUCAUGGUUCCAUUCGUUCCAGGGCGUGAAGGCUGUCGUAGCUGCCAGUUGGCAAUGGUUGCGCCAUAGCGGUAUCGUUGUCCCGAUAAUCGAGUCACAACCCGCGCUCAACCUUGAUCUUUCGGGCCAGAAUGCGAAUUUCUUUGGGCAUCUCCUGGAUGGAGUUGAGGAUGAGAUUAUCAGUCUGGAGGAUGACCUAGAUGCUCAGGAGACAACGCGGCAAGCGUACCAGCACGCCGUCGCUGUAUUGGACUGGGCUCACAAGAUACCUCACACUGGCGCCCCACUCGUAUUUCUCGCAACCGUUUCGCGUCGCUUCGUUGAGUUGCUCGAAACCCGCCGUCCCCGCGCUCUUGCCAUCCUUGCUAGCUACUUUGGCCUACUCAAGUGUCUCGACAGUGUCUGGUGGCUAAAAGGAGUAGCACGCCGCGAGGUAAUGGGUAUCAUAUCGCUAUUCGAUCCAGACGACGAAGAAUGGUGGCCGCGUCUACAGUGGCCCCUCCGAAUCGCGCUGUACGAGGGUGAUGUCAUACCGCCAAAUGUAUGGGGCGCGGAUUGGGCAGCCGAGACGGCGCUCCUAGAGGAAGCCAGCCACAAUGGUAACUUUGUCAGUCACAUCGAGCUCCUGAGUCAAAUGUUCACCGCCAUGCAGAAUAUGCCGGGGGGACCGGCGGCCCUGGAUGUUGCCGUCCGUCAGACCUUUAUGUCACAAUCUAGAACACUUAAUCCAUACGCGCUAAUGAACGACGUCACGCAUCCUACCCCUUGAAAGCCCUAGGAGUAGGCAUAGCUCUUACUGAGCAUUAUCGGGACGAGCAUCGAUUUUACCAGCUUCACCCUCUUCAAUCUACCGUGCACUAUCCAACCAUGUUGAUACAAAUGCUACUCAUAAUUCUCAAUAUUUGAGAUAUGCAUUUCCAUAGCAACAUGAUUAUCCCGCUCCACUAUCCGGAUCCGUUGGGCAUUUAUCGACGCCGGUGUUGAGCAGUUCACACAGAAGUUGCAAGUAUGAGGGAUUGGGAUGAAAGGUUAUAGCAUCCAAGUACCAUUUUAUAUCAUCUAGGAUGAGUUUAGUGGUUCUAGGUACUAAAGGUCACUAGUGAUUAGGGUGAAACGGUGUUGUUCACUCCACUAGCGAAUCGAUUUAAAAUGGGAUAGGGUAUACAUAGGAAGGAUCUAUUGACAGUGUGUAAAUACGCACAAAAUAUAUCCCCGCUCUACCAUUGUAACACAAAGACGUGGUGUGAGGAAAGACUGUAGGAUAAAGGCUUAAAUAAAUAGCAGAUGACUUACAGGAGAUGCUUCAAUAAGGAGCACACGGAUUUCUAGGUAGCUAACUGGGAAUCUUAUCUAAAUUUCACGUUAAAAAUAAAUAUUAUUUUCUAUA